AUGGCAGGAGCAGGAGGGAGGCGCAAGGGCUCGACGAGCUCGCUACCACAGCUUCAGGAAGAAGGCUUGUCGCCCGAUCCGUCCAUGUACACCACCUUCACUUCCGAUGUCUCCCGGCACUCCAAAACUCUCAGCGUGUCCAACUUGUCUGCUAUCAGCAGCCCUUCCAGCGCUCGUUCCAUCAACGUCUUCCGAUACUUCAUGUCUCCUCGCCCAGACUCUCCCAAGGCCAUGGGCAGCGCGUUCAUAGGCGACGAUUUCGAGGCCUCUAAGAGGCAGCAGAGCACCAGCGAGGUCGGGGGGGACUGGGUUCAGCCGACCCCCAGCAACCCACGAGACUUGUUCGACAUCAGCAAGACGCAGACGCAGUCGAUGCUGGGCAAGGAGAGGCGGUCUAAGUUCCCCGUCUACAACAAGCAAAGGGCAUCCACACCCUUCAUGCCCAAAGCUCGGAAGCCGUUGAACCUCAUGGAAGGAACUCUCAGGCGAGGUGACGGGAGCACCAUGCGAGCCAGCCAAUCGGUCAUCAAGCCUUCGCAUCACAGGGAGCAGGCAGAGGCUCUCAGCUCAAGGAGGGAAGAGACUCAUCGCUCGCUCCCCUACAUCGUCGUGGAUCCGAUCGCCAACAAGAAGGCUGACCGGAUCCUAAGGGCCAUCAGGCAUCAUGACUACAUCGUCCAAAGCCCGCAGCACAGCAAGGCUUACGCUAUCAGCGAGCGAGGUUAUGUCGAGAAGCAUGACAGAGGGCUUGCAGAGUUUGAAAGCUUGUCUGACCUGGGCUUCAACAUGACAUUGUAUUCCCUUGCUUGCAAGUUGCCAUUAUUUCGUCACUUCAAAGAAUACAAAGCCUUUCGCUGGUGGGAUAGAGCUCUGAGGAAGAGAAAGUUUCGAGAUCGAAUGAGGCGAAUAGAGAAGCUCUUCCUGCAGUCUCGUCGAGAGUAUCUUGCAUGCAUGCAGCUAGUCAACGACGAGUGUGUCAAGCUCAGCUUCAGCCUUCUUGACGAGGGGCCGCUGGUGCCUCACGCAGGUCUGUCGCUAGAGAGCCUGACAGAGGAAGUGGGUCAAAGGCGGGAGACGGUAGAGGAAGCGGUUGAGAACCUCCGACUGAAACUCUCAGACUACCUCGAGAGCUUCUUCACCUCCAUCUCCAGUCAGUUCGCCAUCUCAAAGCUGCGAGAAGUGUACAAGAGGAACAGGCGAGGCGACAUCGAAGAGGCUAUCAGCAUCGCUUCCGAAGACAUGCACUGCUUGGGCAGAUUGUACGCGCUUGUCGAAAACAUUCUCUGUGAAAACGUCAUUCGAAUGAACAUCAAUGAGAUCCAACGAAUUGUCAAGCUGUUUCACAACCAAGAUGGAGUGCUGCAGAUGGAUGCUUUCAUGAAACUGGACCAGGAGAUUGAAGUUGGUGACAUCUCUGCUCUGCUUGUUGGGAAGCAACCAGCUGACUGUGUUGAGCUUGUAACCAUUCCAUCUCUUGACCAUGUAACAGAGAACUUGACGAAAGCACUUGAUAGUUUGCACUUGAGUCUUUCCUAUUCCAUGAGGCCUUGCAUACUUGACGAUAUAGACAGAUUCAUUGCAGAGGAGAUAUUCAGCAAUUAUUCCAUGUACAAACCUUCUUUCGGCUCGACUGUCGUCAAUUCCGUCGAUUUCCUUUCGAGUCGUCAGGAGCUUUCGGAUAUUCUUGAGUUGUCUAUGAAGCAAGUGUUUGCAAGCUGUCAGCAGAUAGUUGGAGAGUUCAAACCGAUCUUCGCCUUCCUCCUUCAUCUCGAUGCGGCCACUGCAAAGUUCCAGGAGAAGGUGGAGACGUUCGAGGUAGAAGUGGAGCACAUCGUGCGAUGGAUCACCACCAUCACCCGGCUCAUCUCCUCCGACGUCCCGUGCGGGUCCAUAAGGCUCAAGUUUCGAAGGCUCAAGAGCUACUUGCAAGAGAAAGUGCAGAGAGACGUGAUGGACAAGCGCUUCGACAUCUUCUACAAGUUUGUUUGUGACUCCAUCACCGAGUUGAAGCUGGUUGGAGGGAAGUUCACGCAGAGGCUGGACGUCAACGUGAAGAAGUUCGAAGACGUGGUGGACCUGUUGAGAGCAAUGGAGGAAGUGGACGGAACGAUGGAGGAGUACAUCUCCCGGGUGUACUCCAUCACGAGGAUGCGGGAGACUGUGCUGACUCACUUCAACUUCACCUCCAAGGCUCUUGAGGAUCAGAGCGGGAGGAUCAACGUGCCGGUGCUGCAGGUAGCAGUGGCAGAGAAGAUUCGAGAGGAGAGGCUGCAGGCGCAGUCGCGGUUCAUGAACCGAAGAGACGCGUACGUCGAGCUGGUGCAGCAGGAGGUGAAGAGAUUCCACAAGGCCUGCUCCGCUCUCCUCCAGAGUCUCAAGGCACCAGAGUUUCACGACCUCAAGUCUGCAGCUGAAAGCAUCGCCAAGCAACUUGAAGCCAAGAGCAGUCAGGCUAAGGAGCUGCUGGCUCGCAGAGAGAUGAUCUUGUUUGCGGUGCGACACCUCAAGCUUUCAGUCUCUGACGACCAGGCUUCUCUCGAAGACGCUGAGAGCUGGAUCGCUGCUCUGACGGCAGUCUGGAAGGUCUUGGCGAGUUGGAAUGAGACGAUGGAGAGGGUGAUGAACACAAGCAUCAUGGAGCUGCAGGAGACGCUACAAGUCUCCUCCGUCGAGAGCCUCGUGGCGCAGGCUGAGCAUGUCACCUCCUCCCACCCGUUUCUGCCAGUCACCAUCAGGUUCACCCACGAGAUCAGGUCCUUCCAAGCUCGAUGGCAGGCGUUGAAGCCGCUGCUGGACUCGGCGAUCACGAGCGACAGCCUGGAGUCGAUCUUGCAGGGGAAGGGAGUGCGGAUGUUGAUGCCGACCAACCGGCUGACGUUUGCCAUGCUCAUGGAGAAGAAACUGCUGGAGGACGACGAGCAGAUCAGCAGCAUCCUCAGCGCUGCGAGGAAGAAGGGGGACUACUCCUCCAAGCUCGACCUCCUGCGCAAGUCCGUCAAGACCUGCAAGCUUCAGCUGUGCCGGGGCCAGGGAAACCUGUGGGUCAAAGACGCAGAGCGAGUGAGGACGCUGCUGCAAGACAAUCAGAGCUUCUUCCGGUGGGUCAGCGAGAUGAAACGCGGGGAGAAAGACCAGCUGUCAAACGUCUCUGAGCAGAACCUCGAGUCUCUCGCUUCCCUCACCCUCAUCCACAAGUGCCAGGACCUCUGGUGCUGCUUCCGCAUCCUCCGCCACGUCAAGAGCGACGAGCUGGAGCCCUUCCUCGAGGCUUUCCUGGGAGUGGAGGCUCUGUGGACGUCUUGCCUGGAGGAUCUGGGGCACAAGACAGACAUCAUCUGGCUAUCGGAAGUGAAGUUGGAAGAUCACCUGCGGAUUCAAGAGAUCGAGCAGAAGUUCCAGACCCUCCGGCCCUGCCUCGACAUCCUCCACCGCAUCAUCUGCAAGCACUUCAGCAGACUUGUCACGCUCAAGCCGAGAGAGGCAGUCAGCCUUUACGCCUUCUUCCUUGAGCCUGGUCCCUCCCUCCCUCCCUCCCUCUGCCGCAAAUGCUUUCCGAACUUGACGGGGAUCGAACUGAAGGAUGACUUGCAACCAGCGCGAGUGCAUUGCGAAGACGAUGAAGUCUUGGUCUUGGAUGAAAGCACAUGUCAACUCAACACGACAGAUGUCAAGAUAAGCAACUUCUACCACCAACUCAAACAUGCCGUCAAGGUUGCAAUCUUCCAGGCGGUAGAAUCAAUCUUACAUUCAUCCAAUGUAGAUGAUCUUUUCACAAAUCACACAUUGCAAAGCAUCAUGAUAGCCAUGAGGCUAAAUUUAACGGAACAUUACCGUACGAGUGGGAAAGAGGAACUAGAAAGUCACAUUCUUGAUACCAUGAAAGGUUUGGCGACAUAUCAGUCUGAUGGCGAGGUGAGGAGAAGUUCGAGAAGAAAGGUUGCAAACUGCAUGAUGUUGCUGAUGGAAUGGAGGGACAUGGAGUAUCAAGACAUAGCGGAUCAUCAGUUUCUCUAUGGAAUUGUUGACCAGCAGAUUUCUGUGUCUUGCGGCAAGUACACCAUCAAGUAUUCUUUCAACUACGUCAACGAGCAUGUCGAGGUCUUGCUCACCGCGAGCACCAAGAGGAUCCUGCAGAAGAUGUUUGCGAGCCUCAGCUCUCCCUCCCUCCUCUCCCUCGGCAGGGCAGCAGAGGGUGAGCGGCUGAUCAGACGAGUAGCUUCCAUGUGCGGGUGUAACAGUCACGUGUACGACUGCAUCAUGCACGCCAAGACAGAAGAGCUGCUGGCCUGCGUGCGAGGGUCGAUGGAGAUGGAGGAGCUGGUGUGCCUGAAGCACGCGCACUUCCUCCCCUCUCCUUCCCUCGCAGCUCUGGCCAAGACGAUCUUCCAAACAUUGACAUCUCCGUUGCAGACCCCAGAACCCUUCUCUCACCACGUGCGACCGCAGGUCUACCUGCUCUCUGACCAGCCACUCUCCUCGUCAGCCUUGCCGAUCGAGAUGCGGGAGACGCUGAGGCCUGUGGACGGAGUCUGCUGGAGGCAGGACAAAAGGUUUCUCUUCCACCUCUUCCUCAAGUCGUCAAACCCGCGCGUGCCCGACGUGGUGGUCAGCAAGAUCGAGCAAGCUCACAGCCUGGUGCAGCUCCUGGCGAUGGAGCAGGAGCGGCAACGAGUCAACAUCAGAUUCGUGAGAGUCUUGUGCGAUGCAGUCGCCGCCAAGUGCCUCGAAGGCGCGACAUCGCCGAGCUCAGAGGAGGGUCAGGUCGAGCUGGCGUUGAAGGCUUUCUUGCAGAGCUUGAGGCUCUUGUUGAGCACACAAUCCUACGAGCGAUGCUGCCUUGGCAUUGAAGCAGCGAUGAACUACUCCAUACCCGAGUCCAGCGAUGCGGGGCUGUACGAGGGUAUCAGGACAUUGAGUGUAGAGGAGCCGUUUGCCUUCACAGAGACGUUUGUUGAGCGAUGCGUCAGCUUAUACCACUGCGUCACGUCGGAUGUCAGGAUGACUCUGCUCUCUGGGGCGACCAAGGCAGGCAAGACGACGAGCAUGGAGGUGGUGAAGAAGAUGAUGCUCUCGAUGAGUCAGACCAAUGACCGCAAGAGCUACGGGGGCUGCAUCAGCACCACCGUCAUGCCCUUCUCCUUCCCCUAUCAAAGUCAAUACUUCUCCCCCAGCUGCGGGCCACCUGGAGGGAUCGAGAGCAUGGAGGUGCUGCACGAUUACAUCAGUCGCUUUCUCGAUCGCCCGGUGGACGAGAACUUUCCUAUCGAGAGCAGGUGGAUGAUCAUCGAUAUGCCUUCAACGCUGCAGCUGGAGGUGUUGGCCGACGGUCUAGACCAGCACUGCUUCAGCAGAGACUUCGCGGGAGGGGGCAUGAGACCGAAGCUGCUGGUGGAGACGGAUGAGAUGGGAAGCGCCUCCCCCGCCACCAUCAGCCUGCUCAACGUGCUGCACUACGAGGAAGGAGUGGUGGGCUGGAGAGAGUACUUCCACCAGUGGAUGAAGACGGUACAGAAGCAGCUGGAUGACAAGGUUGUCAAUGAGCUGAACCACCUGGUGGAAAGCCUCUUCCCUGAGAUCGAGACGUUCAUACGGCAUAACUGCCAGCUCUACUUGUACAUGUCCACCGUCAACGUCUGCAGAUGCUUCUGCAGUAUCCUUCACUACCACAUCUUCCUCGGCAAGGCUGUGCCCUACAAGCGGUCCAUCUCCUUCUGCCGCUCCUGCUUCAUCUUCGCCGUUGCAUGGUCGUGGGGCAGUUUGCUUCAGGUCCAGUCUCGCGGGAAGUUCGCCGCCACCAUCAAGCAGAUGGUUCUCGAGCACGACCUGCUUUCCGACGCCGAGAGCGGGCUGGUUGACGAGCUGUGGAACGUGUACGUGUCGUUUGAGACGAUGAAGCUGAGAAAGUUCGACGAGAUGGGAGAAGACAUCGUAGCAGAAGAGAAGAUCUCGUACGAGCGAGACACUGCUCUUAUCAUCCGAACCCCCGUCUUGCGAGUCUGCGACUACCUGUGGAACAUGUUCAGGUUCCAGCAAGACAGCGUCUUCAUCUACGGGGCUGAGAGCGAAGGCAAGACAACUCUGAUGACCUUCAUGGCGUCCAACAGGAGGAGGUACGAGGCGGACUCGCAGGUGUCAGGGACCAGGUUGACGUCCUCCACCACCCCUCUAGAGUUCUGCAAGUGGGUCGAGAGCGAGGCGAGCCCGAGCUUCGCGGUGUCGAAGAAGAUCCUGCUGGUCAUCGACGACGUGCAUGUGUCUCUAGAGCGCUGCGGGGAGACGUCGUACAUCUCCGAGAUGCUGAGGAGCGUCCAGCUGUCGCGAGCGUUCUUCAAGGCUGACUCGUUCGAGGAUGAGAAGAGGUUUCAAGCCGUUUGCACCACCCUCAUCGGCGACCUCCGCUCGCUCACCCGCAAAUCCGAUCGCCUGCUCACGAGCUUCUUCCACCUCGAGAUUCGAUUUGCGUCCCUUCCCAACCUCCAUGGCAUCCUCUCGCAGAAGGUGUCACAAGCUGAGAUCUGGAGGUUCCCCAAGCUCAGGCCAUACCUGGACAAGUUCACGUUCGCGCUCAUGUACGUCUUGAACGCAGCCGAGCAGACCUUCACCUCGGGCCUGAGCUCGUCAAAGCGUGUGCUGCUGACGUGGAACGUGGACCAGGUUGUCACCGUCAUGCAGUCCUUCAACAACCUCAAGCUGAGGAGCGACAAGGACAUUGAGUUCGGCCUGCAGUACCUCUGGCACGAAGCGUCUCGAGUCUUCCUCGAUCGGCUGCUGGGCUCAGAGGUGGAGCAGGAAGUGGGACUUCGGGUGAGGGAGUGCUUUGUCAAGGCGCUGGGGAGUCAGAACAAGCGGAACAUUCGGAUCGCCUGCGAGGCUCAAGUCUACUUCGUGACUCUCCCCGAGCUCAAAGUCAAGGACACCGGCGACUCCAACCGUCGGGCUUCCACCAAAGUCGUGUCGAGGAGCUGGGAAACGUUGGAGCUGACGGGAAGAGACAUGUUGACAAGAGCUGAGAACACGCUGACGUGCUCGCGUGAUUGCUCGCACCUGCUCUUCCUUGACAACCUUGUCAAGCACCUCAGUCACGUCCUGCGCGUCCUCCGGCCGGACUCGAGGAUGCGAUGCUGCGUCAUGGCUGGACCCAGAGAGGCGGGGAAGGAGGAGGUGCUGCGGAUGGCCGCGAGGAUGUGCCACUACGAGAUCUGCUUCGAGACAGACAGCAACGGGCUUGACGUACUGCAGGAGCUCAAGGUUUCCCUGCACCACCGCGAGCACAAGCUCUUCGUGCUGCAAAGCGACGGGCUCUUGCUUCAGAGCGUGCACGGAGAGUACGUGAGCAAGCUGAUCAAGGGACAAGGGCUGGAGCGAUGGGAGGCCCUCGGCAGCCGCCACGUUCGCAUCGCCAUCACGAUGAACUUUGUGGAGAGUGAGGAGGUGGUCCGGGUGCCCGAGCAGCUGGUCAAGGUGCUGCCGUUCGCCUCGGUCUCGUGGUGCAGAGGCUGGUCGGACGAGUCGCUGCGAUCCUUUGCUAGCCAGCAGACCCUGAAGGUGUCGAGUACGUGCAGCACACCUGAGGUGAUUCACGACCUGCAUAAGAUCUUUCAGCGAGCUACGAUGCGCAAAUUCUCGUUGAGCUCGAAGCAGCUGUCGUGCCUCGACCCCCUAAUGUUCACCUUGGUACACGUGUUCAAGUACAUCUUCUCAGCGCUGCAGGAGAGGUUCGCGUCGAGAAAGACCACCAUCAGGCAGGCGCUGGAGACCUACCAGAAGCUUCAGGAGCUUCAGAGCAGCGUGGAAAUGGAGUAUGACAACCAGAAGAAGAUUGUCAAGCAGACGUCUGCCGCUCAGAGCAAGUGGCGAGAUGAUACAAUGCAGUUCAGAAAGAUUGUCCAACGAGCUCGCAAGAUAGCCGAGGACGAAGAGAUCGAGAUGCUGCGAUCUGUGCUGGAGGGCGAUGCGCCGGGCCCCGAGCUGUCAAGAGAGUUCUAUCAAGCUCAGAUCCAGCUGCAGGCAGCUACAAAGGCUGUCGCCAACUUAUCAGAGGCGCACUACAUGCAGCUGGAGCUGGUGCAGGGCCAUGAGGAGCUGCUGGAGUUGCUGCAUGAGGCCUUGUGUGCCUGCCUCAGAAUCCCCUACGAGCCCUUUGAGAGCGACCGGCUGAACCACCUCAAGUCGCUGUGCCCCCAGCUGUCGGAGAAGAUCAGCAGCUUCGAGCUGCAGGCGAUGAGCAUGCAUGACCUGCAGAGGCUGCGCAAACUGUCGUCAAACAAGCGCUUCAUCCCCGAGAAGUUCUUCGUCAUCAACAAGGCGGCCGGCGCUCUCGUGCACUGGGUGAGAUCCGUCGAGCUGUUGGGGCGGCUCAACGAGUGGAUGAAUCCGAACUCGCACACCAACCAGCAUCAGUCCCUGGAUCAAGUGCAGCGCAUGGCGCGACUGCCGCUCAUGACCAUGAACCAGGUCGAGUCGGAAGUUGAGAACGCGCGGGCGACGCAUCUGAAUGCGAUCAGAGAAGAGUCGGAGGCGAAGGAGAAGAUGCAGAAGCUGCGGAGAGUGUUGGAGUCUUGCAGCCUUGUCCUGGAGAUUCUAGCGGAUGACCAGAACUAUUGGAAAGAGGAGGAGGAGGAGUUGAGCAGGGAGGAGCAGAACAGCUUUGGAGAUGCCCUGCUCUACGCUUGUUUCCAUACUUACUUGGGUCUCUUUGACUUCCAGGGCCGACAGAGGCUGUUGGAUGAGCUCAAGCAGCAUCUGCUCCAGAGCCGAAUCGAAGUUUCGAGUGAGUUCAGCAUCGAUAACUUGUUGAAGCAUAUGGUUGCUAUCUCCGAGUCCUUCGUCAAGUUUCCGCAGAAGAGCAGCUCGGUGAAAGAGCUUGUCUUCACCGUUUUCAACUCCCCCAAGAUACCUCUGUUCGUCGAUGCCUCCGGCCUCAUGUGGUACUUCAUGUCGACCUACUGCCGCGCUUCAGUCUUUCGCGGCAACGACGCGUCCCUCGAAGACUUCUUGACGCUCGCCAAGGACAAGGCCGAGCUCGUCCUGCUGUCUGACGUGGAGGUGGAGAGAAGGACCCUGCUGUCGCUGCUUGAGCGAAGACCAGACCUGCGACCAGAAGCGUUUGGGCUGGGGGAGAAGCAGUACGCCCUCUUCUUCUUCUCACGGCUUGACCUCCGGUCACUCGACUGGCGCAAGGACCUGACGCACUUCACCGUGUGCUGCUGUGAGUUUGACCAAGAGGCGACUGAGGAGCUCAUGUCGGACCUCGUCCUCGAGACGCUGGACCCCUCGGCCAAGAGGGGAUGGAUGGACUAUCACCGCCAGCUGUCCGUCCUGCAGAAUCAGCUGCGAGGGAAGAUCGAGGCGAUCCGAGACCUCAUCUGCCACUCGGACUUCAUCGCUGACAUUCAGGAGGCUGAGUCAAGCGCAACCCUCGACCUCUGCCAGUCCGUCAAGCACCUCCGAAAGCAGAUGCAGGACUACGUGGUGGCGAGUGCGGAGAAGCUCAAGAACCGAGACUACUUGUCAGCUUUCUCUCGCAACUGCUCCAGCCUCCUCCGCGCAGCGCCAGAGACGAGUAGGAUAACAGGUGUCUUCGACUCGUCCAUCCAUCAGCUUAGACAAGCCUUGGGGUUGAUGGACAGUGUGGAUUCUAUGGAGUACGGCACCAAACACUUCUCCGACGUAAUGAGCAAGCAGACAGAUGAGAUCGUAGCCGCCUGGCUGUCCCUCACCUUCCUCGCUCUCCCCGACUCUCAGUUCGGUCUCGUCUCCCUCGUCUGCCUCGCCCACGUGCAUGGCCGUCCCUUCAACAAGGUUUGGGCCCUGUGGCAGGCGGCGACUCGAGCGCUCCACGAGGCGGGCGAGGCGGACCUGUGCUCCCUGGGCCAGAGGGAGUGCGGACCCCAGCAGAUGUUCAGCAGGGUUGGAUGGAGGGUCUUGCGGGAGAUGAAAGAACAGCUGGGGGUGCAUUAUGACGCGUUGGUGAUGAGCAUAGAGCACGACCCUGGCAGGUGGAGGCGAUACGUAGAGAGCCAAGCUCUCUCCCUCGACUCCUUCCCCUUCAAGUCCUCCGGCUCCAUCUCGAUGCCUCUGGAGAAGGUGGUGGUGUGCGCCAUGGCUCUCAUGCCGCACAGGCUCAACGAGCUGCUUGACGUCUUGACGGGGGAGACUCAGACGAGGGUGUGGAGGUUCAUGGAGGACAAUCGGGUGAAGUUGAGCCAGUACAUGGCCAGACUUGAUCUCAACGUCUCCACCUUUCGUCAUGGGGCAUCUGCUCUUGCCUAUACUCGCAUCAUUGCUCAACAGCUGCACAGCCUUGACCCGACAAGCUCCUCGCCUGCUCGCCUUGAGCUCCAGCAUGAGGGCGACACCGACGGGGGCAGCAGGAAGGAGGAGGGCAAGCACGACCGUUGGGUGGUCACCGAAGCUCCGGAUGCGACUUGGAAAGGAGAGGGAGGCUCAGGGCGGGUGAAACUUGUGCGGGUAUGGGACUAUACGACCUCGGCCUCGUUCAAGCAGCUCAAGAACUCCAUGACGCUGAGCGACGGGAUGAUGCUUCUACCCCCUGCUCUCCUGCAAGCCAUGGUCCAUCAGUCCUGGGCUCGACGAAGCGAUGCUCCCUUCUGGAGGUUCGCCGUUGGACUCUCUUACUUCCUGUCUCUGCUUCUACAAACAUGCGGAAAGAUGCAAGCUCAACAUCUGUUCGACAUGGUGCCGAUCAAGCAUGUGCAUGUCACGUUGCUGUGUGAGCGCAUGGCUGAAUGGCAGGGCGACAAGGUGAGGCUUGUGAUGCCGAAGCUCAUCGGGAGUCACUUGAGGCAUCAGGUCGAGGAGCUUGCUGACAGCAUCCUCCUCCAUGUCGUGAACUUCUUGGGCGACGUGGCCAUGACGUGGCAGGCUCAGCAGCUCGAGGGUCUCUACCGCAGCAUCAUAUGCGAGAAGCUCUUCGGAGAGAGUGAGAGCUUGACGGUGCUGGACAACAAGAUCGCAGCUCCAGACGCACAUGUCGCCUCUCAGUCUGCGAUGAUAGCCUAUGCUCUCACCUUACCUCCGUUGCACCCUCGGACGUUGGACAGUCUCACGAUCAAGUAUGAGUGGAGCACGGAAGAAGCCAUCCUCCGAGCCCUCCCGACGCCUCUCGUCCAUCUCGCCAACCUCAACAUCUCGCGUGUCUUGUCCAAGCUGGACACACUCGUCAUGCCCAACCCGCUGGUCGGUCUUGCCUCCCUCUUGUCGUCCCUCAUGUCCUUCCUUCAGACUCAAGGCCGCAUCCGGGGUGGGGGAUUGCAGAGCAGAACAGCGCUGCUCAUGUACGAGGCCUUCGUGGGAGACGAGAUGCUGGCGCACAACACAGUCGUGGAGACCAUCACCGAGAGGAUCAAAGCCUGCAAGCUGCUGCUGUCCGGACGAGCAAAGUUGAGUGAGAGCAGCGGCUUGGUACAAGCCCUUGCUCGAGAGAGGGUUCCGGCGAGUUGGGAUGUAGGGGCGAACAAAGUUGGCAUGCCUAUCAGCAGGUUUCUGGAGCAAGUGAAGGAACGAGGAGGCUGGCUUCAAACUUGCAUCAGCAACCUCAACCAAGCGAGCAUACACGCCAACUCACCUGCAGUCCCCUUGCACCUGCACUAUGAGCCGGGGCACCUCUUUGACAUGUUGCUCGCCCUCAAUCACAACUCCGACAGAAGCGACGCCGCGGAGUCCGACAUCUCGCUCAUGUUGUAUCCCCUCAAGGACCUCGAUGAUCUAGCUCGGUCGUGGCCGCAGGCUUGCGUGCUUGCUCUAGUGUACUUCAGGCGGACCAAGUUCGAUGCUGACGAAGGAGUGCUGCGAAGUGUUGUUAACGAGCAAGACGCUUCAUUGCAUCCUGCCGAGAGAGUUUGCGUCAUGGUCUGCAAGAGAAGCUCGAUGCCUUUAAGGAGGCAGAUGAAGAAGGAAGGGCUGAGCUGGUGCAGCAUCAGGCUCUAUCGCUACCCGCUCCACCCGCGGCUCUACGGGCAUGCUUCUUUGCAGUACGUGUGCAACCUUGUCGUGAGGACGGACUUGCAUCCCUCUCGCGUCGAUGAGCUCGGAGUCUGCGCCUUCCUGUCGUCGACCAUGCAUGCAGGUGAUGGGCUACAGUGA